AUGAGUUCUAACCUAACAGAUCCGUUGGUAUUGCUCGACACCUCAAGGCCAUUCGAUGAGGCCAUGGUCCCCUUACUAGAUUCCGUCAUAAUAUCCAUGUUUGACGGAACCAAUGUAGAGAAUAGAGAAACAGCACAUCGAAUUUUAGAGCAGUUCAAGAAACUCCCAGACUCAUGGAAACAUGUAGCACUGAUUUUGUCUAAAUCAAACAACUCCAAUACAAAAUUCUACGCACUGCAAGUACUAGAAAUAUGCAUCGAAACCAGAUGGAAUAUACUGCCAGAUACAGAAAAGGCAGGAAUAAAACAGUACGUGUCCGAACUGGUAAUCAAGCUGUGCAUGGAUGAAGAAGUAUGCAGAAAUGAAAGACACUUCUUAACGAAAGUUAACGAAUGCCUCAUACAAGUAGUAAAAAGAGAAUGGCCAGAUAGAUGGCCGAACUUCAUAUCAGAGAUAUGCAAAGCAUCGCAAGUCUCGCAGAACAUCUGCGAAAAUAAUAUGAGACUCCUUAACAUGCUAAGCGAAGAAAUAUUCGAUUUCGGAGAAGAUUCAAUGCAAAGCAAGAGAGUACAGAAGUUAGUAUCUAGAAUGACGUCGGAAUUUAGAGAAAUUUUCGAGCUUUGCAUAUUCGUACUCAACAGCUUCAUUUCAAACCCGAACAUGGUUAAUAAUACGUUGGUCAAGCAGACAUUGGUGUGUCUGUCGCAUUUCCUUAAGUGGAUCCCGUACGGAUACAUUUUUGAAUCUUACCCUCACGGAGAAGGCUCAGUGGUUUUGCUGGACUUAUUAUUGGACCACUUCUGGGAUCCAAUGCAGUACAGAGUUGAGUGUACAAAAUGUCUGAAUGAAGUGGCAUCACUCACACUGACCAAUAACGAACUUCAGGCAUUUUCGCACAGAAUAAUGUCACUCUGGCCAAAGGUGGUUCAGAAGGUGUCGACACUGCCGCCAGAGUCGUUCCAGUACGACAACGCGAAAAUACCACCAUCAAUGCUGUUGUUUUGGGAAACAUUUUAUACACAGCUCACGCUGUUCCUGACGAACCUGCUGAAAAACUUCAGAGAGACGGUUUUGGAAAAAAUACCAAGUAACAGAGACUCGCUCCUGUUCGUGUUGGAAAAGCUAGUAACCAUAACAACGAUCAACCACGAAGAAACCUUUAAGAUUGCGUUGGAUUUCUGGCAUUAUUUCUCAAACCAACUUCUGAGAGAGCUUAAGGAGUACGAAAGAAGAAACCUGCCAAUCAGAGACACUAACGACCCCAACUACAUGGUCAUCAACGCUAUUAACCAGAUUGACCUGAACACGUCACCGGAGUUGAUGAGACUAAGACUGUACAAGCCGAUCCUGAUACAAGUUCAGAAGGUUAUGAUCAAUCGCAUGGCAAAGCCGCAAGAGGUAUACAUUAUGUACGACGCAGACUCAGGAGAAGUGGUAAGAGAAUAUAACCCAAACACGGCGGAAAUUGCAUUAUAUAACAAAAUGAAAAACACACAAAUCAUACUGACAACAAUGCUCCAGGAAGAUUCAGAAAAUAUCAUGAAGGCCUUCUUGGAUAAAGAAAUGGAUCAAGCAAACGUAGGAGGAAAUGAACCGUGGGACCCAACGACCCUAAACAGACUGUGCUAUUCAGUGGGAUCGAUUACAGGAAGCAUGGAGGAGCCAGUUGAAAAGAGGUUUCUGGUUGUAGUGAUAAAGUGUCUGCUUAACAUAUGUGAAAUUAAAAACGAAAUCUCGAGCAAGGCAAUAGUGGCAUCAAACAUAAUGUAUGUCGUGGGACAGUACCCGAGCUUUUUGAAGACGAACUGGAGGUUCCUGAACACAGUGCUCAACAAACUCUUCGAGUUCAUGAGGGAAACCUUCCCAGGAGUCCAGCAGAUGGCAUGCGAAACCUUUCUCAAAAUAACAAACAGCUGCAGAAAAGUUAUAGGAAGCCAGUCAGUAGAUGGAAGAUUAUACGUGGAUGAGUUAAUAUCAACAGUUGGAAAUUUAGAGACUGUGCUUGACGAUAAGUUGAUACUUUAUUACUACGAGUCAGUAGGGAAUGUAAUAAGCACACUGGAGCAAAAUCUUAAAAUCGCAAAAAUAUCGAGCCUAAUGGAGUUGUCAAACAACAGACUGUUCCAAAUCUACUCCAAAUUCCUGAUUGGAGUCUCAGUGGAAAUGGUGGAUAACAUGGAGAAGUUUAAAUCGUAUAUAGACCGCUACGGAGAAGAUUUGUUUGGAGUAGAAGUGGCAAGAACAGUAAUACAAAUAUUGAGAAUAAAUAACAGAGUCUGUAAAGCAGUAGGGUUCGCCUUUACGAAACAGUUCAAUAAAAUAUUCAAUACAUUGAUGGUCCUAUAUCAUCUGUACAGCAAGUAUAUACAAAUCAGUGUCGCCACGGGAGGAACCGCAACAAUAAAACACCUGGCAGUUAACACUCUGUUUUUGGCAAGAAGAGCAAUAAUUCACCUCUCCGAAACAUACAUAGUAAACGUGCCAAACAAAUUGAACCAGACCAACACACAAUAUACAGGAUUAAGCUCAAAUGUAAACAGAAGUAGGUAUCGCACACAAAUGGACCAGAAUAAAACCUCAACCCCAGUCUCCUCAACAAGUUAUAACGACAACCUAGAAGAUAGUUAUUGCUAUUUUAUCGAAGAUAAGUCGGAGAAUACGAAUAAAAUGCAAGAAAAAAAAUUUAAUUUCUUCAAGUUCGGACCUAAUGGAACACAAGAACUUACAAUGGAUGGAUGUAACCAGACUGACUCGACUAACGAUUCGAGUCUUGAUUUAGGUGGACAAAAUGGAAGUUGGUCUGAUAGUGAAAUGAUAGUGACUUUGUUGGAUAACUUGGUAGCUGUGAUGAUGGGCGACUACAGAGAUUCUGUUUUCGAAACCAGAGACUAUGAGAUACUCUCAUUGAGCACUAAAAUCAUCGAACGACUCGCCUCAAACUACCCUUCCGUGCUCAUCCAGAUAUUCAACUACGUGUUCGACACGAGUUUGGACAUGGUUAAGAUGGAUUUUCAUGCAUAUCCAGACCAUAGAGAAUAUUUUUAUGAAAUGCUACAUAAAGCAACCAAGUGUUCAUUCGAUUCAGUACUAUUACUUCCGAACGAAAGGUUGAGAGAUUUUGUAAUGUCCCUAGUGUGGGCAUUCAAACAUGAGCAUCCAUCAAUUGCGGAUCGUGGACUAUUAAUUACCCUAGAAUUCAUGAAAAAUAUUAUUGCUAAAGGGUCGGUUGUUCUUCACCAAUUCUGUUUAACAUUCUACUACUUAUUGCUGACCGAGAUCUUGGGAGUCUUGACGGACACCUUACAUAAGUCAGGAUUCAGACUUCAAACACAAAUACUCAAAAUUCUGAUAAAAAUCGUGGCAAACGGACUAGUGGAUGACCCAAGUAAGGAGUUGACGAAGCUUGGAGUCAUGAGGUUCCUAGUGGAUCUUCUAACCAGAAGCUUUCAAUCACUUAAUAAUAAACAGAUUGAAGCGUUCGUGGUGGACCUGUUCAAUUACUCAGUGGAUUCAAUGCAAGCAAGCCCAGGAUCAAUGUCCUCGGGAAUGGGAACAACGCAAUUCUUCGAAAGCGACUAUAACUACGUUAACGUGUACGAAAAUCCCACAAUAAGCGGAGUACUAAACACAACUAACGUAAAGGAGGAAAAGGAAAAAGAUAAGGAUAUAAGGUUCCAAACACAUGUUAGGGACUUUUUAUUGUCACUGAAAGAGUUUGCAGGCUGCACGGAGGAAUUCCAAGCAAUAUUCGAGAAGGACCGUGAAGAAGCAAUUGAAAGAGCAAGACAACUAGGGUAUACAAACUCAAACAACAUCAUGUAUACUAAGGAAGUCAACCUGAACUAA